GUAGAGACCACUUUCUGUACCUCUCUGUGUACUCCACCUGCAGUAGUGGCAGCCUGACAGCAUGGCCUCUGGUCUCCAGGGUGGCAGAGGAUGCUGGGGGAUGAUGACUACUGAUCUAAGGGAUGAGUUAAAAUGCUCCAUCUGCCUGAAUUUUUACGUUGAUCCCGUGAUGCUCAGCUGCGGGCAUAAUUUCUGUCGAGUCUGCAUUGAGAAAGCACUGGAUUCACAGAAGGGACCUGGAAAUUAUACGUGUCCUGAUUGCAGAGCAAAGUAUUGCGAGCGUCCUGCUCUGCAGCGGAACAUAAAACUGUGUAACAUAGUAGAGCUUUUCAUUUCUACACAAUUAAAACAGGAGCAUUCUGUGAGUUUCUGUGAUUUCUGUGAUGUCCUCACACCUUCUGUUAAGAUCUGUCUGAACUGUGACGCUUCCCUUUGUGAGGCUCACCUGACUGUGCACAACAAGUUAGCAGAGCACCUCUUAAUUGAAGCUACGGAAUCACAACAGAACAGAAAAUGCUCCGUCCAUGGAAACCUCUUGGAGUAUUACUGUUUCGAUGAUGCAGUUUGUGUCUGUAUGUUCUGCUGCUUGGCUGAAGAACACGAGGGUCAUCAAGUGGAAUUACUGUGUAAAGCUGCUGAGAAAAAGAAAGACAAAUGGAGAGGAGAUCGGGACAAACUGACCUCACGGAAAGUCCAGAUGGAUAAAAGAGUCCAAAGACUAGAGGAGCACGUGCAAGAUGUACAAAGUAAAGCAGCCUUUCUGGAAAAGCAAGUUACUGCCAUAAUCCGUGACAUAAAGGAACAACUGGAAGAUCUAGAAAAUAGGGUACUGUAUGAAAUAUCAAAGCAGAAAGAGGAGGUCUUCAGCCAAGUCUCUGAAAUGGUCCAGCAGCUGAAGAUGAAGAGCAUGGUGCUGACAGAUGAGAUCUGUCACUUUGAACAUCUGUGCAACAUAGAUGGCCUAUUAAAUGUCUUGCAAGUGAAAGACCAGGAAAGUGCAAACCACUUUGGCUCUAAAAUGGUAGAAAAUAAUUCUAACUGGAUGAGUGAUGAAACAUCCCAGGAAGUAAAAAGUCUGGACGAGCCUUUGAUAUCCAUUGCCUUUGAGAGGAGUCUCCACAACUUGGUCAAUCUUCUUCCUGUUUUGAAGGCAAAGAGAGGGUUCUCCAUACAGAAGGAAUCUGACAUGUUACUCGAUGUUAACUCCUCUCCUACUGACGUUAUUGUUUCCGAUGAUCUGAAAAUACUCACUGGCUGCAGUAGACAUUGGCAGAGCCAAGACGCAUCCGACCAGUAUGUGAUAUGUCAAGCUUUAAGUAACAGAAGCUUUUCAUCCGGACAACAUUACUGGGAAGUUGAGACUAGUAAAUCAGGAAACUGGAGAAUAGGGGUCAGCUAUCCCACUGGGAAAAUGAGAGGGAUCCACGACUUAAUUGGAUCAGAUAAUAAGUCCUGGUGUUUAUGGAAAUGGGAUAGCUUUUCUUCAGUAAAACACAACCAGAAACAAAGCUAUGUUUAUCUGGACCCAUUUGUCCACAGAUAUGGAAUAUACUUGGAUUAUGAAGCCGGUCGCCUGUCAUUUUAUCAGCUAUGUGACCCAAUUCAGCACUUACACACCUUCACUGCCACCUUCACAAAACCUCUCCAUGCUGCAUUCUUUGUGUAUAUGAAUGGCUGGGUCCGACUCUGGAAUUAGGAAUGUUUGUUGCCUCGCCAAAAAAUUUUGGUUUUUUAUUUUUAUUUUUAUCAUUCUUUCUUUUAAUUUUUUUCCUGAAGUGUCCUUCACAGGCGAUAUAUAUAUAUAUAUAUAUAUAUAUAUGUAU